AUGAAUUAUCCUUAUCAGCCAUAUAGACCAUAUUAGCGAUUACCCAAUUCCUCAGUGCAUAACCCCAAUAUUAUGUCAUAUGUAGAUUAGGUGCUGUCAAAAUCGAGGACCAAUUAUGGAUCUGUUCAAUAAGACCAAUAACCUAAGUAUCAAACAUACUAAACCAACUCAAUUAAAACUGAUACAGAUUUAAAAAGCAUAGGCAAUUCCCCGUUAAUCCUUCCACAGAAAUCCUUGGUCAUUUAACCUACAUUGAAAUCGAAAUAGGAAUACUUAUUUCCGAAAAAAGUGGAAUCAUUAUCCUUUUAAUCAGAUAUCCCUCCUAUAAUCCCUCUCAUUCCCUUGAUGUCCGAUGUACGAGAACAAUAUACAAAAAAAUAAGUUUCUACUCCUAUUAGUUAAGCAAGUUCUCCAAUGAAAAAACCAGAAAACCAAAAAUAAAAAUAUAAGAACUUUACCAUCAUCAAAAAACUAGGAGAUGGACAAUACAGCGAGGUGUUUGUUGCAAAACAUACAUAAACAGGAUUUUUGGUUGCCUUGAAAGUGAUCCAAAAAUCUUAAAUUAUUAAAGAGAAUAUGCAAGCUUAAUUAGCCUGGGAAAUCAAAAUACAAUACCUUCUCGAACAUCCUAAUAUAACUAAGUUGUACACCUUCUUCUAGACUCCUACUGAAAUCGUGUUGGUCUUAGAAUAUUGUUCGCAUGGACAGUUGAAUACUCUUUAACAAAUGUAACCCAUGAAAAAGUUUUAAGAGAGAGUAGCAGCAUAGUAUGUAUAACAGAUUACUUUUGCAUUGAUGUACAUACACAAUCAAGAUGUAAUUCAUCGAGACAUCAAACCUGAUAAUAUCCUUCUAAGUUUUGGAUAGGUUAAGCUAGCAGAUUUCUCAUUUUGUGUGUAUUCUCCAGACGAAGAAAGACAAACCCAAUGUGGAACCAUCAUAUAUGCUUCUCCCCAAAUUUUAGAAGGCGAAACCUACGAUAAGAAAAGUGAUAUUUGGGGAUUGGGUGUUUUGACUUAUGAAUUAUGCUUCGGUAAACCACCUUGGAAAGAGAAUUAAUAAGAAUUAAUGAAAACAGCUUGCUUCAUGAUUCCAUUUACGGCAUCAAGAGAAUUAAAAGAUUUUAUUGAGAAUCUUAUGAAACGACUUUCUCGUGAUCGAUUCACUGCACAACAGGCGUACAAUCAUGCAUGGCUCCAAAGAAUUGCAUAGAUUGUACCCUAUUAUAUAACAAACAAUGAAACUUUAUUUUUAUGA